GCAACAGUAACCUUAAUAAAAGCUGAAACACCACAAACAAAACAAAAGAUCCACCUCGAACACCCCUCCUCCUCCUCCUCCACCACCAUCACCACCAUUCUCCUCCUCCUCCCCCCUCUGUCUCUCUCUCCUCCUUCAAAUCAAUCUUUCUUCACAAAGAGAGAGAGAGAGAGAGAGAGAGUGAGACCCAGAAGCCCACCUCAACAAUUCCAACCUUGAAUCUCCCUCUUCCUCCCAACCCAUCUUGUUCCUUCUUGUUUCUUGGUUUUUGUUUCUUUUUAUCAGUUACAAACCACACAAAUCCACCCACCAAACCCACAACUCAAAAAGAAAAUCUUGAAUUGGGGUUUUGAUUUAGAGUGGUGUGGGAAAAAAAAAAUGAGGGAAGAUGAUUCAACUUGGUUCUCAAAGUGGGAAGAGGAACUCCCAUCCCCUGAAGAGCUCAUGCCCUUGUCCCAAACCCUAAUUACCCAUGAUCUAGCAGUUGCUUUCGACAUCCGAAACCCCAAUAGCCCACAACAACCACCACCACCACCUCUUCUUCCACUUCAAACCCCUUCAUCUCAACCCAACUCAGCGGAAUUCGAUUCCGCCGAGUUAGGUGGAGGAGGCGGGGCGACUGGAGACGAGCCCGCUCGCACUCUCAAGCGUCCCCGCCUCGUGUGGACGCCGCAGCUUCACAAGAGGUUUGUGGACGCUGUGGCCCACUUGGGGAUCAAGAACGCCGUCCCCAAGACCAUAAUGCAGCUCAUGAGUGUUGACGGGCUGACCCGAGAAAACGUUGCUAGUCAUCUCCAGAAGUAUCGCCUCUAUUUGAAGCGUAUGCAGGGACUUUCCUCCGGCGGCGGAGGCGCCGGCGGAGGGUUGACUGGCGGUGGCGAUCCCGCCACUGAUCAUUUGUUCGCGAGCUCGCCCGUGCCGGCGCAUUUUUUGCACCCUGGUCGGGCGAAUUCGGAUAAUUUCUUGCCGUUUGUGCCGGUGGCGGCGCUGCAGCAGCACCAUCACCAGAUGGCGGCUGCGGCGGCUGGACAUCAGCAGUUGCAGACGCAGUAUAGGCAAAUUGGGCAUUUUGGGUCGCAGCCAAAUGGGCAAUUCGAGCAUCCAUUUCUGAGUAGACAGUCACAGACUGUUCAUCAUCGAAUUGGGGCACCAGUGAACAAUCCUGUUGUGCCUUCUUCGUAUGUGGAGGAUAUGGAAUCGGCAACCGUGGCGAAUGGGAGGAAAGUGCUCACUCUGUUUCCAACUGGGGAUGAUUGAAUUUGGGUAAUUGCUGCUUUUUUCACUUCAACUAGUGACUUUCUCUUAUCAAUUUGGAUCAUGGGUCACUUGGAGUUACUUCUUAGAGUUUGGCAUUAGAGUUUUGUUCUUCUUCUUCUUCUUGUGGUGGUUCUAGCUGUCGUUAGCUGUGUUAAUGGUAGUAAUUGGCAUUGGGUUUUUGUGCAAUUCGCAAAUGAAUUAGAUGCAGCAAUUCCAUUGCCAAGUUGGUUAAUUUUGUCGUAACUAGUAUUGAGUUGGUGGGAGAGGCAAUUCCUGUGUCCUUUCGGUUCCUCGGAUUACUGUUUUUGGAUGUUGUAAUUAAGUUAUGGGUAGCAGUCUAUUCUUCCCCUUAUCAGCUUCUGGUGAUUGAUCGUGAAAUUUUACUCUGAGCUGCAAAUAACAGUGUGAGCUCAUUGAUGGUUGCAGUCAUGGUGGUGUCUUGCAUUCGAGUCUUCUUUGUUGGGCAGGGUUGUUAUUGUUGGUGGCUCAAGCAAGGUUUACAUCUUGAGCUUUCAGGAAGGAGUGAAUAAUGCUGGCGAGCACUAUAUAUAUUCUCUAGAGAUCUAAGAAUGGUAUGUGCAUCUGCGCAUAAGAAUUGAAAUUGGGUUUCUCAGCAAUUUCCAGUAAUCUCAUGUGUAGGAAUCUAGUUCGUCGUUUCUUAGUGUCAUGCAGAGGCGAGUCCUGUUGGUUCUUGUAAAUUGUGUGAUUUCAAAGAGGAUUUAUAAACCCUGAUAUUUGAGGAAUUAAGGGGGGAAAAAAAAAUUAGAAUGUGAUGUAUUAGAAUCUUAAUUUUACUUUAAUGAUCCAUGAACAUUGAUGAAUGGUAUCUGCGUUUCCUGAGUU